AUGGUUCCGGCGGCGACACGGGCGGCAUCACGUGGGGCCAGAGGCGGGAAGGGCCCUGUGGGCCCGGGCGCCUCUCUUCGCUCUGUGCAAGCGGCGAUGGAGAAGUUUGCCAGCCCGGGCAAAGGCAACGGCCUGCGCUCCUCGAAGGCGGUGAAGCCGGGAGAGCUGCUGUACCGCGCGGAGCCCUUCGCUUACACCGUCAGCAAGAAGCGCCUGGGAGGCGUGUGCGAGCGCUGCCUGCGCAGGUAUUGGCUGGGCUUCCCGCGCUCCGCGUCCCUCGCCGGGUCGGCCGCCCGCCCGCCCGCUCUCUCUGCCUUCUUUGGCUGGGCGGCGCUGCCGUGCUGCGAACAUUUGCGCAGCGCGGGGCAUGGUAUUCAUGCGCCGCAGCUCCCUUCCAGCACCGCCUUUCCUUGCUGCGGCUGUGGAGUCUCUUGCGCGUCAAGACAGCAGGCAAAGGCGAAUUGGCUGGAAGCGGGUGGGGCGGGAAGUGGUCCUGGCAACGCUGUGAAGUGUAGCUGCUGUCUCUGGGUGGACUUCAACCCGGUGCUCUAUUACUACUACUACUACUGCUACUAUUAGAAUUUAUAUACCGCCCUAUACCUAGAGGUCUCAGGGCAGUUCACAGAAUAAAAUCAAAAUAUAAAACCACAAAAUACAUAAAAUAAAAAACAACCACCACAUUUUAAAAGGGCACAUAGGAUGUAAGUCAAAUCAACCAAAGGUCUGGUUAAAAAGAAACAGUCUAUGCCACAUGCCUAGGGGUCUGAGGCCGACCCCUGGUAUUGGAAACUUGCCGCAGCCACUGAGGCAGUAGAUAGCCAUCCUCCUCAUGGGGUGGGUUUGCGUUUUGGCCAGGUAAUAAUAAUAAUAAUAAUUUAUACCCCACCCAUCUGGCUGGGUUUCCCCAGCCACCCCGAGCGGCUUCCAUCAAAACAUUAAAACAGGCACAGACUUAAGACCAAUCUGUGUGCCUUCAAGUUGGACUCCAGCUCUCAUUAGCCCCAGAACAGCCAGUGGUCAGGGAUUAUGGGAACUGUAGCCCAAGAAUAUGAAAGGCCAAAGGGUAACCACCCUUGUUUUUAAGAUGUGAUGAUGAAACAAUGGGCCUCUCCUUACAAGAUUAUUCAGCACUUGAUGGCUUGUGGCAGGAUGCUGGAAGUGACUCAAGUGAUAAAGAGUGUGAGGUGAUAUGAAAGUGCUCUUGUGUGGUGUUAGAUUUGUGAUGGCAUGUUUAUACACGCAAGCUAUGACUUGAAACAUGCCAGUUUCAACCUAUGAUUUUUGAAGAAGUGAUUUCGUAGCUUCUCCAAAGCUUGCCCUCCACUUCCCUUUCCAUUCCUUUUGAGUCAUACUGCAUAGCGAGCCUGCAGGUAGGGACCGUCUGUGAUCCCUUAAUAGCUGUGCAGUACUUAGAAGAAGUUAGGCUCUUCAUAGAUGUUAAAUAAUAAUGUCUUUCACACCUGUUGGGAAUGGUGGAAUGAAAGGGCAGUGCAGAUUCUGAGGGGAAAAGCUCACCCUCACAUAUGCAAGUUGUGGAGGUAAAUGCCACAAGAUUGUUCAUUAGCUAAAAUUUCAAUUGGAGUACCACCAAAAGGGCCAUGCUAGUUUAUCUCAGCACUGUCACUGACUAGCACUGACUGGUCUUUCCCAAUGACAUUUGGCAGGUGUCUCCUAUUUGUUUUGUAGCCAAAUGUGUAACCACAAGUUGUUCAUAAUUUGAAAAGCAUUUUUCUUGGUCACUCAAAUCUCUGGUCAUAUUUCAGCCAUUCAGAUAGUUUCACUGGUGAUUCCCCCACUGCCCUCAUUUCUCCACAUGGCAUUAUUCUCUUCUCUUCCUGUUGUUAUUUCCCUGCUGUUUACUGUGUCUUUCUUGCUGUUAUAAGCUAAGUGGUCUCAAAUUUUUAGCUCAGACUCAAAUUUAUUUACCUUUUUCACGGUUGUUCCAGAUGACGGACCAUUAGAAUUUAAGAAGGUGCCAGAUAUUGAGUUAGACUGAUGUAUCCAUAAGUUUUAUUAUUUUGGCUAUAAGAUUAUUCACUAGGAUUUUGUAGACUUGGAAUAGCAUCAUUAGACAUAAACUUUUGUGGUUUUGUAUUUUUGUUUCUUAUAACAAAUCUCCAAUAGGUGGCAGUACAUGAACACAAAAGGUCUAUUUGUUAAUACAUAAAAAAAGACUUAAGCCUCUAGUUUUUAACUGCAUGAAUAGUCACACUGAAUGCUAUGUUCUGACCAUACUACAGUAUGAUUAGUUGGUCUGCAAGGGCAGGGGAAGACUAAGCUUGGGCAUAAAGCCCUCUGUCACCACAUUGAAAGGAGUGGGCACUCAUACUUAACCAUUUGCUCAUAGCCACCUAGUGAUUGUGGUGAAAUGAUUUCCUUUCAUCCUUUCAAAUAUUGCAUUAUUCAGUAUCACAAAAGGGUAAAAUGUUUGUUUCUAGAGCUACUCUUAACUAUUGAGUGGUGAUAGGCUUUCUUUAAAAAAAUGUUUAAAAUCUAACAAGUGAUAUGUAAGACAAUGUAACAAUGUUGCUAUUUGCAUAGGAAAUGUUUUCAGAAUAAAGGUGAGUUUCACAGCCUAAAAGACAUAAACUGAGCUUGCCAUUUUCUCAUGUAAAAUAAAAAAGUGGAAUCUCUAUACUCGAUAAAUAUUAAUAUGUGCCAAAGGAAAAUCCUCAACACAUAAGGAGGUGGGGGACAAGAGUAAAUGGCAGUAACAUAGCAAAUUAGCACACACUCAGUGCUUCAUUUAUUUUUCUUUAAGGGUAAAUUUUUAUUUUUUCAAAUUCAUAAUGAAAAUAAGUGCUGUGAGGGAAAAAUAGAUAUUAAAAUAUGGAUAAUAGCUAAUGUAAUAUGCAGUUGCAAAUUAGUUUCCAUUUAUUGUUCUGAAGGUAAAAGGGGGUAUUUUAUGUAAGAUCACUGGAAGUUUUGCAUUAUAUUACAAUAUUGUAACUGUACAUAUAUAAAAAUGAUAUUAGUUUUUGUGGCCUAGAAAAAAAAUAUUCUACUUAUUUUGAAUAUUUAUCUCUAAUGUUUAACUUAUUAUGCUACACAUCUUGCAUGGAAAACCUGUCUCAGCUUUAAGGAAGUUUGCUUAAAGGACAAAAUAAUUAUGGAAGUUCCACAUUUGUUUCCAUCUUCAGAUCUUUUCAGGGUAUUUUCAAACUCACUUGUGGUAUGAUUUGAAUUUGUACUAUUUAAAUAAAAAUGUUAAUAAUUCCAAUGUAGGGUCACAUGAAGUAGCAUCCCAGCUAAUGUUUGGAACGUUUCUGAGAAUUGUUUCAGAUUUUGGAGCAGACUGGGAGCCAAAAUGCCAUCCAUUUCCUGUCUCCUUGCUGCUGCCUUAAUCUGAAGUAGACCUUUUGCAUCUCCCCUCCACCUCAUCCCCCAGAGUUGUAUGAACUCUCAAUGUAGUCAGCUUUCCCAGUGAGUUAAAUAUGAAUGGUAUUUAUUUAUUUAUUUAUUUAUUUAUUUAUUUCGACUAUGGCAGACCAACAUGGCUACCUACCUGUAUCUAGAAGCAUAGGGAAAGUAAUACAUGAGUUGUGCUAACUUAAUCUAGUCUGAUUGUAGAAGAGACCAAUGAUUGUGCUAGGAAGAAAGGGUAGUUUUCAGGUGCAGAUUAUAUUAGGUAUAUAUUUCCUGGACACAUGAAAUGUAAGGUAAAUCAAGGAAUCAAAUGCAAUAAUUUAUAUAACAAACAUUCUGAGUUGGGAUAUCAGGAGUAAUUGGUGGAUCAAUUAAAGCACUAUUUGUUUAGAUGGAAGCUUAAGCACCUAUCUUUUAGUUUUGUGGCACGUUGUAGUAGUAAGGAGCAGACUUUUUGUAAUGUCUGGAGUCUAACAUUACCUGAUUUCAUAUUUGCUUCUGUUGUGAAUUUUCAUUUAUCUUCACAGUUGGGGAGUCUUUUCAUUAUAGUUUUGAUGUAUUUAUUUUUAUCCUUAAAUAUAUUUUCCAUGGCUUAAACACCUCCUGUUUCAGUAACGGUCCUUUAGCAAUUUCAAUGCUAACAAUGGCCUUUUCAAAACAUGUGUUCCUAUUUAUAAUCUCUCUUCCUCUUAUCGUUCUGACCCAUGCCUCUCCUGCUGUCAAUUAAUUUUGUUCUUGUUUGUAUCACACACCCAGUUGUAUCAUGUCCUUGCUUUCAAAGUCCUACAUUAUUCAGAGUCUCUUUACAUCUUGGAUAGGAUAUCUUUAUGCUUUGUUUUGAUUUAUAAUCUGCCUGGAGUAUAAAUAUUCUUCGCAACAGUUUUCUGAAAAUUGGUGUAUAUUACAAUUUGUGAUUCGGGAUAUGCCUGAAUGAAGAGGAUUUGCUUAUAGACCCAAGUAUGACAGCUUGUUGUAGUUUAGAUUCCAUAGCUAAUAAGGGUAGGUUUGAGUCACUUUUGUAGUUAUAAAUACACAUAAACAGCCAGAGCGUGUUAUAUCUCAGACUGAUAGAUAGCCGAAAGCUCGCUGUAAUAGCUCCAUUCUAUAUUACAGAACAAGGCUAUCUCUAGCUUCCAAGAUUGGUUCUUUUAUAUGUUGUGAGCCUUGGAUCAAUACAGCCAGUUAUAGUAAAGUGUAAUUUCCUCCCUACGCAUAGCAUGAUGGAAUAUUUUUUUCCAUUAAAGUCAACAAGUAGUGGUUUCUCUUUACUCCUUAAUCUCUACUAUAUGUAUAAUCAGUUCUGGCAGAGCUAUACUUCAGUUUAUAUAGAGUGUAAAAUCUUCUACCAUAAGUAGGCUAAGCUUUUAACAGUCCUUUAAGAGAAGUUAUAAGGAUAUGGGAAAUCGGUUCAUGAUUGAAAGUCAACAGGGGAUAUGAUGGUAUUGCAUAAGAUGUGGUUUGCUCUCAUUUCCUGCUAUAAGCAGAGGUGGCUGUUACUCUAUUGCAGGUGAGGGGAAUCACUGGAUGCAACUCCUUUGCUAGGAAGUUCCAAUAAAUUUGGUGGGACUUUUGAAUAAUUGUUUUCAGAAUCAGUCUUGUGUCUCCUUGCAGUACUCAGACCUUUCUGACCUAGGUUUGUUAUGGAGCUGUCCCCUUGAUUAGAAGUGGGGGUGGCUGAUAGUUGCCUUGCCUUGGGUAAGUGGAUCCCUUUUGCAGUGGCUAAAGCCUCAUCCUUUGCAUGGUUCUGCAGUCUAGGUCAUCUGUGUACAGUACACAUUGGUCUGUAACUGGUAUUCCCUUCACAAGACUUGCGUCAAGUUCAAGCUGGGGCAUGCUUCAUAAAACCCUGGUGGCCCAUUCUCCCUUGCAGUGUAAAAAGGUAAAGGGACCCCUGACAAUUAGGUCCAGUUGUGACCGACUCUGGGGUUGCAGUGCUCAUCUCGCUUUAUUGGCUGAGGGAGCCGGCGUACAGCUUCCGGGUCAUGUGGCCAGCAUGACUAAGCCGCUUCUGGCGAACCAGAGCAGCGCACAGAAACACCGUUUACCUUCCCGCCAGAGCGGUACCUAUUUAUCUGCUUGCACUUUGAUGUGCUUUCAAACUGCCAGGUUGGCAGGAGCAGGGACUGAGCAAUGGGAGCUCACCCCAUCGAGGGGAAUCGAACCAUCAACCUUCUGAUCGGCAAGUCCUAGGCUCUGUGGUUUAACCCACAGCGCCACCCACGUCCCUUUCCUUGCAAUGUACUCCUGGAUAAAAACCUUGCCAGUCUCUCUUCCACUGAAACAUCUUCUUUCCAGCUUCUUUGACCCACGUUAGCAUUCUGCACUCAAGCAUACCUUACAAACACAGGCCUGGAACUGUAAAGAGGAAAUGUGAGUGGAUACCAGAGGAAUGUUUUGAGAGAAAUCCCUCCUAUUCUUUCUCUGAUACAAACCACUCUCUCCUGAAGGCACUUUGCAAAGGAAGAAGGGGCAGUUGGGGAUUCAUUACAUCCAGCUUGGUUUGCCCUUAAGAGUCUUUGUUCACUUGAUGGAAAUAGGGAAUUUAUUUUACUACACUAUUUGGAUGAUGCCUUUCAUGAGGGAAAUCUUCUGUUCCCUGACGGUCUGCCUGGAGGUGUUUUCAGAAGUGGCUUUGAGUCUUAUCUGUUAUGACAGGGCACUCCAACUUUUCAUACCAAGUGGCCACAAGAGUACAUUGACAUGGGACCCAUGAGCUGCACAAUACCUUGUGGGCAUGGGAUGGGGGGGGAGGCAAAACCAAAAGUUGACAUCUCUCCAGCCCUGUGCUGCCUUCGCAAAGCUGGUUAAGCGAGGCUCCUGGCUUUGGGAAGGAGGCGCAAAGCUCUGGCAGGGUCCUAGAGCUCUUUGACCUCUUUCCCAAAGCUGGGAAAGCACUAGCUAGACUUUGGGAAGGAGUCUCUGUACCUGAGCUACAUCCACCACAUCAGAGGUGGGAAACGUUUUUCAGCCUGAGGGCUUCAUCUCCUCCUGGGCAAUCUUCCAGGGCCAGAGACAGAGGCAAUAAUGGGUGGGGCAACAAAUGUAAAUUUUGCUUUUGUACAGUACUCUCUCAGUUCUCUAUCCUCCAUCCUGGAGAACAAGAGGAGUUGUCAAAGUCCAAGGACACGUUCUAGCAGGGCAAAAACACUCCAGGAAUGUGAGACAGGGCUGGUAAGUGUGUGGCCUGGGGAAGAGUGCCAAGGGCCAGAGAGAGUGAUCUGAAGGGAGGCAUUCAGCUCCUGGGCUUGCGGUUCCUGCCCCCCUUGCACUGUAUCCAUGGAUGUUGCAUGUAGAUCUGAAAUACUGGAGGGUGAUCAUAUGAAUUAAUGCAUGUCUCUACGACAAAGAACUCAUUUUUCAAAAGACAAACCCUGUGUAUAUAGAAAGGCGGCAUGCUGAGGUUAAUGCUCUCCUUCCUGACAUCCAGUUUCUUGUCUCCUACCUACCUAAGGUGAAAGUAAGGUUGAUUUGGAGAAGAAACGGCACCACCUCAUUCAUUGCAGCAGCUGUUCUGGAAAACCUUGCCCCAUGAGGUUCAUUCAGCCUUUCGCCAGCUUUAGAAUUUUUAUUUUUAUCUUUUCCAGCCACGUUUUCAUUUGUCAUGCUGAUCUGGUUUUAAUGGGAAACUAUGUUUUAUCUGAUGUGCUUGACCUUGUCAAGUUUGUUUGAUAAUGCUGAUCUGCAUCUGCUUUUAAUAUGUUAUGGAUAUAUGUUGUUUUUGUUUUUGUAUUGUUUAUAUUUUUAUCUGUUGAUUUUAAUUGGUGUAAUACACGUGUGUUAGGAAGGCAGGCUGUCAGUUCUUAUGUACCUAAAUAAACAAAUGGUCAAUUAUUUUGAUCUGUAGAGUGGCACAGUUUAGUGGAAAAUUAAUUAGACACAGUAUUAUUGCAGGUCUAAGUAAAAUGUUUGAAAAGACAGUAUUUUAUAAACUCUAAGUGGGGUGGCCAAUGAGGUGCCCUCCAGAUGUUGUUGGACUACAACUCCCAUCAGCUAGUGGUCAGGAACUGUAGUCCAAAAUAGCUGAAGGUCACCAUGUUGGCUACCCCUGCUAUAUUUCAAUGUGCAUUUACACAAUUCUGCAUGUUGGGCGAAACAGUGGUCCUGAAAGCAGACUGGAUGUUUCUUUAAAUUAAAAUACCUAUUUCCCAGCUGCAACAGGUAUUGCUGCUAAAAUGGGAGAAUAUCCAAAGAACCAGAACUAGCAUUUUGUCCGUGACAAAAAGACAGUCAAUUCACUUGUUUGUCGAAGAUAAUUUUUAUGGUAGAAAUUAAGACCUCAGUCAAGCUUAGUGCCGGUGUUUUGCCUGAUCCCCUUAGUAUUCCACCUGGAAUUGCCAGGUAAGCAUUUGGGAGGGAGACAACACAGAUAAUGCAGGAGAAGGUCAGAGCCAGACUGGCUCACUCCUGAAGGACAAAUUAAGCUCAAAGUGAAGGAAUGGUGCCUGGCAGAUUGUCAAAUGUUUGAUGAUGUAGCUUUUGGGCUAAUAGCUGUCCAUUCAAACAGUUUGGAUAUUGCAAGUAGAUGGCUUGCGAGCUCCCAUGAAAGGUUUUAUUUCCUUGGCAGUCAUUUUGAUUGAAUUACCCUAAGUAUUUGCUGUGGAUAAUCCCUUGUUUUAUGUCUUGAUAAGCCAGUGCUGCUUAAAUUAAAUUUUUAAUGAAACAUGUAGAAGAUUGCUGAUGUUUUCAGAACUGCACAGAAGUCUCCUUGCUUUGGAUACACUAAUAAGUUCACUGGUAAUUUCUUUUGAGCAAUAUUUUUUAAUGGUACAAUGUGCUAGCAAGGCAAUAUUGUAAUGUAUACAGCUUUUGGCUGUUAAAAUACCAACUUGGAAUGUAAAGAAAUAAUUUAAAAAUGGGAAAUAUUUAAAUAUUAAUUCUCAAAUAUUUUAUGAUGAUUUCAGAAAUAUGGGAGAGAAUAGUUAUUCACUAUAUACUGUUCCUUAGUAUAGGUGAUAAGCAAUGAUGUUAAAUUACAGGAAGGUAGAUUUCAUUUACAAUAUUAUCCUUAAUGGUAAGAGCUGUUCAGCAGUGGACAGCUACUAGGGAAUGCUACAAAUCUCUUUUAUUAGAUGUGGGAAGAUAAAACGAAGAGGCAUUGGCUGAAGAUAUUUACUCUAUGGGGAGUAAAGUAAAUGGUCUACCUGAUAUCUUUCCAGCUGGUAAAUGCUGGUCAACUUGUACUCAGUUUUGAAGUUUUCUAAUUGUAUAAGCAAUUAUUUCUUCUAUCUAAACGUGGGGUGAAUCUGGAGCUUACUUAAUGCUGAAAUCAUUAUUAAUUAUAAAAAAAUGCACGUGAACCUUUUGGGAGAGGUUGAAAUGCUGUCACUUCAGAUUAAUUAUAGCGUCACAGGAGUUAGUAAGUGUCCCUGUUAAUGUAAUGUUUUUGCAGAUCUAUAUAAAAUUUGCUUCCCAAUGUUUUGCCAAAUUUUGGCCUGCAAGGGCCAUAUGUGUUAGCAGAUGGGGGGGGGGGCACAUAGUCAAUGGAUGUAGCUUGAGCUGGUGGGAAGCAUGCUACUCUCUCUCUCUCUCUCUCUCUCUCUCUCACACACACACACACACACAGUGUGUGUACAGGCUUGUGGCCUCCAAAUAUUGUUACCCCUGUAAGCAACCCAGCCAGGGUUGAUGGCAGUUGCCGUUCCACAACACCUGGAGGGCCACAAGUUCCUCACCCUUGAUCUAGUGCAUCUGAGAAAUGGGAACCCAGGAAACAGGACUGUGCAAGUACGUACGUGCUGACUUAGUUCUUCAGUGCUCUGAUAGUGUGUGGAGAAAGUUAAGGAGGCUGUCACCUGGAAGGGAGUUGAAAGAGGUUCAAACAUGCCUCUUAUUCCACCCACUAGGAUCACCCAAGGACAUUCUAAUCAACACCAUAGUGAUGUUCCAGGCUGCACGCUCUCAUUAUCUCCUACAUCAGUGGAUGGUUGCCAUCCAUUCCUAUGAGGACUAGUAAGGAGAUGAACUUGGGGACACUAUUAUUUGCAGGGGCGGAGUGUACACAAAACUGUAUUGGGUGCAACUAUCAUAUGCAAUUGAUCUGUGCUUCUCGACAAAGUUGGCUAGCUCAACAAUAUUUCAACAGACAUAUCCAGGUUCUUCUCUAGUGUCCUUAUUCCCUUAGUAAGUUAUUUUUGUUAGAUUAAGGGCUUCAAGGCUUGCCCAUGUGGAACAACUCUCCUGCAGGCUAAUUAAUUAUUUCCCUUCUCGUUUUUUUUAUUUUUUGCCUUCCUUCACAUAUAAAUUAAUAAUUAUCAUAUCUGCCUGUACACACUCUUUAUUGCUCAUGUAAAUAUGGGUGCUGAUAGUAGGUUUAUUUAAUAUUCAGCCAUGCGUGUAUGCAUUUAGUUUUUAAUUGUAAAAAUAACUGGUAGUAUGUUUUCAUUAGAGAGCGGUAGACAUUCAUUCUUAAUUGCAAUAGUAAGCAUUUUCCAUAGUCAUGGGUAAAUUACAAUUUAGUAUCGGUUUUUUAAAUUGGGAUUUUUUUCAGGCAUUUUAAGCACUGGUCUAUUUUCUGUUCCAAAUGUGCAAAAGCUUAAAAAAUAAUAAUACAGAAUCGCUUGUGCUGAGUAUGUCCCUGUGUCCCUUUUGCUAUAAAUUCUUUGAGGCAUGAAAUAGCCUGCCAGUUGUCCGUUGCAUUCGCACUUCGAUAAAUGGAUAUCAAUUUAUUGUAGCCACAAAUUGUAAUUAAUGCAUGAUAUCAUUUCUCAGAAUAUUUGCUUCUAAGACAGUUUGAUUUAAUAUGUUCAGUAAUAUGCUAGACUAAAUUCCUCCCCCUCUCUUUUCAGUGGGGGUAUGAAUUAUUUUCUUGCACCUUCUUUUAUGGCAAUUGAUAUGGAAACUUGCCUUGACUGGAGCCACAUCAGACUAGGGGCCGAGGCUUAUGAUAGUCACUGUAGAGCCAGGGUGGACUCCUGGUAUCAGUUUAGUUGGAGUCUGUCUUCAGUGAUCUUAUGAUGGGUAGUCAGAAGACACAUGUUUAGCAUUUAACAAAAGAAUAAAGGCAAUAGCAAGCUGCUAUGCUAUAUAGGCCUUUGGAACUCUGGAAAGAUUUCAGCAGGUACAACUUCUCCUGCUUUGUUUUAUCUGAACUUUUAUGCUUGAGUCUUGGGGGGGUCAGUGGUACAGCAUUUUCCCUAUAUUGUGCACUACAUUUAGCAAGCAAGGAGUUGCAUAUUUGAAUACUCCUCUACAGAAAUAAAACCUUACCCCUACAAAGAGAAAAUGAACCUAAUGUAUUUCAGGGGAAAAGAUUCAGCUUGGUCUCUCACUAAUAAUGUUAUUUUUGUGUCCAUCUGUGUAGCGAGUUGUUUUCAUCAGGGAGCUUUUAAAUAUACAACCCCAUACCCCUCUGUUAAUAACAGUGUGCCUAUGGGGAUAUUCAGAGUGCUUUCCCCCUAACCACUGAGCAACUGCAGCCUCCCCUUUUCUCCAGCCACUUAGAAUUAAGAAGCUGGACUUGCACAGUAAUGGCAUAUUUUCUGCACAGAUGAAAGUCCCACAACCUCUCACUUCAGAUAUUAUUAGGAGGAGAGAUGAGAGAGCCCGCUGUGAACCAUCUAGCCUGGUGAGAAAAACCCAUCUCUUCUGUACUGCAUUUCAAUCAUGCCGUAGCUCAUUGGGCUUCAGUAAGACUGGAACAAGUAGUGUGGGAUACCUUUAAUUUUUUUUACCCAUUAACAUUUAUGUUUUGCACUGUGUCUGUGAUAUAUUAAGUAAUAUUCAAUUUAUCAUUUGUUUCCUAAAUUGCUAUUGCUGUUGAUUAUAUAUUAGAUUCAUAUGCUUUGAAGCAAACUGUUUUUCAGAUGUUAUAUAUUUUGAUAAUUCAUUGAUGAUGUAAGUGUCUUUUGGUCACAGUUCACCGUGGGAAAGUGGCAUACGAAUAAACUAGACUUAAAUUUUAACAAACAUUUCACCACCCUCCCCAUCCACUCCUCGUUUUCCUCUGGCAACUCUUCACAAAAAAAGUGUCCUUUUUCUUUCCGCAACUCUCCUUCCAUUCUUGUUAUAGGCAAGCUGCUUUUGCUUAUUCCCCCACCCCACCCCUGUCUCAUCCUAAAUAAUUGGUGUCGACCAGAGCUCAGCCUAAUACCAGGGUUCAGACCUGGAACAUGGGAUGAAAAGUACCUCUGAGCAUGCACUUAGUACCAUUUCCUUACCACUGAAUCUGAAAUCUUGUGUCUCCUCACAUACUUAGAAACAUGCCUAGCUCUGUACUUUCAGUAUAAGCAUAUAUUGAACCUCUCCUAGUCCACUUCUGGUUGUCCAAGCCUUUUGUUUCAGUAACCAGAAAAGAAGUCUUAAAGCCAUAACAUUGCAAUGAAAGAAGACAUUUUUAAAAUGAUGUUUUAAUAGAUACAAGACUGAAUAAAACAAUUCCCUUGCUCUUUAUGCUUUCCACCCUCUUUCCACUUCAGCUUUUCAUUGCAGCAACCAGCAAUGGAUUUGGGGAAAGCUGUGGAUGUUAGUCAAUAUCACCCCAUUUACAUGUGAUGCUAAGUUUUUGGGAAGGAAGGUUGAUAAGGAAAAAAUAAUCAAAUGGAUUUAGAAGAAAAUGUUUUGCCCAUUACUUGGUUUGCCUAAAAUCAUAUUGCAACAAUUUAUGUGAAAAUCAUGUUUGGUGUCAGAGUAAUGAUGUAGGUAUCAAAAAUAUGAAGCUAUGCAAACCAACUUGAUUAGCAUGCCUGUACUAGGCUUUAGCUACUAUUGGCGUUUAUAGUUCAACUCUCAAAAAAGUAGUUGCUUCCUGAAAAUCAUCUUCAAAGAGUCAGGUUUCUCCGGUAUGUUGUUACAAACACGGAAUUUUAUAUUUCAUUUGAUAAAAGUAUUUAAAAAUAUUUAUUUAUGUGUAUCUAUGUCUAUUACUGUGGGCCUGUUGAAAAGUAGUUGUUCUGUAGCUGAAAAAUUGCCACUGAAAAUACACCAUUGUUUUGUGUUACGAGGCCAGUAUAAUGUAAGGUUGAAAAUGGGUGUUGGAAAUCAAUUUGCAAUUUGAUGAGCUUUGACUACAAAACCCUGUACACUGAUUACUUCUGAACUCAGUGUUUUGGGCAAGCAUUCACAUAAAAUGUGACAUAAACAUUAUGGGAAAAACAUUAAUUUGUAUUCACUUUGUUGUAAAGAAAAGGCUGUUUUGCAUAAUUGUCUGAUUGACAGUUCAGUCACAUAUAGAACUUUGAACUGUUAUCUUACAAACAUGCUAGAUGUAAAUAAAUGGUUUAUUAGCUUUGCGCUUCCUACACUUGUGAUGUUAUUUAAGCUAGCAUUUGGUAAGCACUGGAAAUUGCUCAGGAAAAUUCCAUUACCUGAGUUAGCAGUGGAUGCUUUCAAUUUUGUUUGUUUGGUGCUUUAAAUGAUGGAAAUUUAUAUAAAAAUUAUAUUAAUUUAUAUUAAAAAUACUCUCUAGAAAUUCCUGUAAAGUGGCACUGGCUACCAAAUUGUUUCUGGGCUUAAGACCAGGUGUUGAUUAUUAUCUUGAACCCUAUAUGGUCCUAUACACAUAGGAAUAUAUUAACUUCUUUCUAGAAUAAAUCCAAGCAUUCUCCUCCUACCUUCAUUAAUUGAUAAACUCCUGGUACCUUUUCUCCUUCACUAUAGCAAGUGGGGUGUGGUCUGAUAGUACUGCUUUUAGGAGCCACACUAUAGGCAACUCCCCAUUUAGGCAGCGUUUACUUUCUGGCUCACUGUGCACAGAAGUGAAAUGCGUGUAAAUGGGGAACACCCUGCUGCUCCUCCAGUUUGCAAGGAGUCCUUCCCUGGAGUCCAAAAGAGAUGUCCUCUUCGGGGUCCUCGUCAGCUGGAGGUGCAUCAGGGCUUUGUUGAGGCUCUUCAGGUAUCUUCCCCCAUUUCCAGGUUUCCGGCACGCAGUGCAUAUGUGCAGUCGUGCAUGACUUGAACAUGCGUAAGUGGAGGGGAUGCCUGUAUAACAGUAUAUAAGGGGGAGCUGGACCGCUGGUGAAGAGGCUAAUAAUAAUAAUAAUAAUAAUAAUAAUAAAUUUAUUAUUUAUACCCCACCCAUCUGGCUGAGCUUCCCCAGCCACUCUGGGCGGCUUCCAACCAAAUAUUAAAAUACAGUAAUACAUCUUUGACAUCUGGUGGGAGGGCGUUCCACAGGGCGGGUGCCACUACCGAGAAGGCCCUCUGCCUGGUUCCCUGUAAUUUGGCUUCUCGCAGUGAGGGAACCGCCCGAAGCCCUCGGCGCUGGACCUCAGUCUCCGGGUAGAAUGAUGGGGGUGGAGACGCUCCUUCAGAUAUACUGGACCGAGGCCAUUUAGGGCUUUAAAGGCCUAGCUGACAUUUGCCCCUUUCCCCUGCCCAUUAAAAAGAAGUGAUCCAGUGUAGAUACUGAUUCACAUUCAUCGUGGCCUUUGGAUCUUACAGCUGAAUGGCUUGACUUUUAUAAACUGUUCGCCAAGAGUAAUACAAAGAUUCUUGGUUAACAUUAUAGUGGGUGAUGUAACUCACUUCAUUUGCUCUUCAGUUCUAAUGUUGAGUGGAAUUUGGAAGUGGCCAUAGCCACAGAUCAUAAUUUUUAUUUGUCUUCAGCUGACAUUUAAAAUAUAUUUCUCCAUUAAACAUCUAGUUUACAAUGUCUAGGGCUAACGUGCAACAUAGCUUGCUGUCUACACAGCCAUAACAUUUCUUCUCAAAGUGAACUUGUACAGAAUUUAUUAAUCUUAUCAAAAAGCCUGAGAAGUGUAUAACAUGGAGUUAUUUUGUAAUAAUAUGCUAGAUAAUAAUAUUAAAUAUACAGUAUUUUCAGUUUUUAAUAAUAUGCAACUUCGUGUUCAGUGUAAGAUAAAUCUAAAAUUUGGCCAGUAAAGGAAUGAAAUAAAUAAUGGGAGGCUUGAAUAACCAGGGAGACAUCGCCGUUGUAGAAGCUGAGUGUCUAGAAGGGAGACCAUCAAACCAUAUGCAGACAUACUUGCAAACAGGACCAGGAAUGUUUUAUUUUUAUGCAUGUUCACCCCACAUUUGCAUUCAGAUAACACAUGUACUAUCUACAUAUGAAUUCUGAUAUCCCCUUCCUCUUUGCUUCUUCAUCCCCUUCCAGGUGGGUUGCUCACUCUCCUUCCUGCCCGAAGCACUGUUAAUGAGUUUACCUACUCCCAUUUUUUGUGCUUUGUGUGCUCUCCCUCACAUAUACACACCAUUGUCUCUUUUUUAAUGGAAAAGCAGCUCAGGGAAAAAGCGAGAUGUGGUGACACAAGUCCCCAAUCAUUCAGCAAUGUGCAUAGCCACCUCUGUCGGAAACUUCACAGAACUUGUUUGUUUCUAAGAAGCAUAUAUGUCUGGUAAAAAAUGAGGAUGUAAUUCUGCAGCAGCUUGAGCACUCUUUGUGCAUCUGUGCUCAGUUGUAAAUGCUCUGAGUUUUCUAAAGGAGGACCAGUUAGAAAUAUAAUAACUAAAACAUGUCCAUCAUUCUCAGCAGUAAAGGCAAAUCAGAAAUUGUAAUUGGCUCUUAAAAGGGCACCCAUUGCUAUAUUUUAAAGGCAGAUGCACUUUAAGACUGCAGAUUGAUGUCUUGCAAGCAAGCAAGCAAGCAAACAAAUGACUAUUUGAAUAACAGAAUAAAGGGUCAGUUUAAAAAUUCAGAAUGUAUAUUUGUGAUUGGGGGUGUUGAUUCAGGAAUCUGUUAUAACAGAAUUUGCAGAGACAAAGAUAAUUAAAUUUCCACAGAGGUCAUCCUGGAGCUGUAUUAUCUAACUGGCCAGUUGUCAAAUAUAUGACUUAGGUUUCUGUUAUGCUCUGUUGAACUAGCACCUUUCACUUAUUGAUUGCUGAUGACAUGAUUCAUUUGACAGCGGUUUCUAUGCACUUUUCUAGUGCUUGUUGAAUCUGUCCAAGUCUUUAAUUUUCAAGGUGGUAUUAAGUUCAUAAUAAAUUCUCAAAAUAACAACUGUGGAAUUUGUUUUGCAAAGCAAUGUAUUUCUUUGGUUCGUAAAAUAUUGCUCAUGCAGGCUAUUUUUAGUGAUAUUUGUUCCCUUUUAAAUCAGAAAAAAAAUUAUUUUCUGAAGCGGUACAGUCAUACCUUGGUUCUCGAACGGAAUCUGUUCUGGAAGUCCAUUUGACUUCUGAAAACGUUCGAAAACCACGGUGCGGCUUCCAAUUGGCUGCAGCAGCUUCCUGCCAGCCAGCAUGCCCCAUGGUCAGGAGACUAUGGGGAAUGUCACCCAGCAGCAUCUGAAUGGCUACAUGUUCCUCAUUCCUGCUUUCGAGAGCUGGUGUGGUGUAGUGGUUAAGAGCAGUAGACUCGUGAUCUGGUGAACCGGGUUCGCAUCUCCGCUCCUCCACAUGCAGCUGCUGGGUGACCUUGGGCCAGUCACACUUCUCUGAAGUCUCUCAGCCCCACUCACCUCACAGAGUGUUUGUUGUGGGGGAGGAAGGGAAAGGAGAAUGUUAGCCGCUUUGAGACUCCUUCGGGGAGUGAUAAAGCGGGAUAUCAAAUCCAAACUACUCUUCUUCAUCAUCUACAUCUUCAUCUUCUGUAAACCAUAGUUAACAAAAAUUUAAAGGUGACAGUGCAGCAUACUGGUUCAUGCCACUGGAACUGUGGGCACUUUGCUGCUCCUACAUUUCUGCUAUAUUGCCAGGAGCUAGGUCACUUUUUGGUGUAGCGUUACGUCCAAACCCAGGCUCCUGGUCUCUUGGUUUGCUUCUCACAACUAAGUUGCUGUGGAGCGGCAACCCCCUGGCUAUCUCCCCAGGCUAUUUCCAUCCUCCUAAGAACGCUUGUUGCUGCUGUCCUGAGUUGACUGUCUGUCAUUCCCACUUGCCUUCUCCCAAUGCAUCAGAAGCGGUGCCAUUGUGAAAGGUCCUGAUUAACCAAGCAGGCAGGCAGCCUGUCUAGGCCAAACUAUGUAGUGGGCAUUACCAAUGUGCAUGGACUGCCCUACUUGCAAGUUGCAGACUGGUGCUGCUGCUUCAUUGCAGCAUUUGUUUGAGCAGGCAUCUGGUAGGCCAUUUUGAGGAUGGGAUUCUGGACUAGAUGGGACUUCUUUCUGAGCCUUCAGGGCUCUUGCAUUCUUAAGGUGGUGGAGGAUUUACCUGUAUGUGCUACAUGGCCUGUCCUGCACCACCUUAGCUAACUUGCUGGUCUCUGCUGCACUAGAUGUUGCUGCAUUGCCCGUGUUGAAAAGAGAUUAAACUGCUAUUUUCUGUAUAUGGAAAGGGGAAGUGGUGCCAUCUUGUCUUUGCCUCAGGCAACAAAAUAUCAUGGUCCCUCCCUAUUCCCUCAAAUUCUGUUUCUUUAAUAUUAUUAAUUGUUACCAGCUAGGCGAUGGCAUGCCUGUGUAGUAGUUAGGGUAGCCAUUGAUUCUGUAAUCGACUGGGAAGCUUAUCUAAAUAUAAAUGAGUUAAAAGCUUUUUGAAACAUUUUUUCAUGAAUGAUUCCUAUUUAUAGUCACGUGAAUGCACAAGCUGGGGAAAUCCUUGGUUUAAAUCUAAAAUUAAUGUUUCUGACAUUUAGUGGAUCUCACUGCUCCCAAGAAGUGUUCGACUAAUAUUUUAUUUGGGUACCGUUUAUUGCUCCAUGAUUUAGUGGUCUGAGGCAGUGGGGUUGACCGAGGUUGAAGGGGAAAAUAUAUGUGCUGCUGCUGGAGGCCAGAAUCUAUAUUAGAGUUCAGAAAUACAUUAAUCUGCUUUGUAUAUAAUCUUCAUAAAUGCUACUGUCAGUUCUCUGACUGGUCUAAUUCUUAAGGCAAAGCAGUAUCAUCCAUUUUAUUUAGAGCAAGCUGAUAGCAAAGCAAUUAUCAGCAAGUCAUUUGGUUAUGAAGAUUAUUUCAUAAGCCAGGGAACCAGAAACAAGCGUACUGUAACAGAUUGUGAAAGGGAACUAUUCAGAAUGACCACAAAGUCAUUGCAGAUGUACAGUGGAGCAUCUGUGCAACCUUCAGGCAGUCAUUUAUAUACAUUAGUGAAGCCAUUGGUUUAGUUUGAUUUUUUUUGGUGGUAUGCUAACACAAAGAUUUUUUGUGCCAAAUAUUAUUAAAAUCUGUUUUGUACAUCUGUCCAUAAGAUAUUGAAUUAAAUAGCUAAAUAUAUAAGGUGUGUGCAUUUCUACUGUUUGGAAGUAAAGUCACUAUAUUAAUUUCUAACACAAGUCUUUCGCAGAAAUACCUUUUUGUUCUUUGUUCUUCCACAGGCUUUCCUCUUAUCAAAACGAUUCUCCUUUCCUUACCUACAAAUAAAUUUAUACAUACGCUUUUCUUGUUGCCGUUGCCUCUAUCAUUCUUCUCUCCAUCUGUUGUUUCUACCUUUAUUGAAAAUUAAAUUAUAGGUCCCUGUCUUUCUUGUUUGCUGCAUGUGUUCAGGCAUAAAACUAAGCUAUAUAUCCAUAAUUUUUUAAAAAUAGCCCGCUUUGCCUCCUCCCUUCCUCCAGCAGGGAAACAAACCACUGAGCAGUUCUGUUACCAUUAGGUCUGAAACAGCAAACUUGUGGCCAACCAGAUGACCAUGGGAAAUCAGGAAGCAGAAUAUGAGCACAAGAGCACUCUCCCCUCCCAUGGUUUCCAGCAACUGGUAUUCGGAAACAUUGCAAGUCUGCUAUUCUAUUCUAUUCUAUUCACUUCAAUUUAUGUACUGCAGUGGUAGGAAACCUGAUGCCAUCUGGAUGUUGUUGGACUACAACUCCCAUCAUCCAUGACCAGUGGAGGCCAACAACAUCUGGAGGGCCACAGAUUUCCCAGUUCUUAUGGUAUGGUACACAUGAGAGUGCAGUGUCCUAUAAAUACAUGUACACACACACACACACACACACACACACUCUGUCAUCCUUGACAGUGUCUAUCCUUUUUCCUUAACAACAGAACAACAGCAGUAAUAGCUCAGUGGCCGAGAAUCUUUUCCAUUUCCCUUUUUCUUACCAGUUGUGCUCACCUGUUGUUCUCAAAAUUAAAUGCUUCCAAAAGUGAUACUAUGUUGGUAUUUCAUUAACUCCAUGGACCACAGCAUGGCUCUUGAUUCAGACCAUUUUCUUGCAAAAUGGAUUGUGGGUAUGGGUUAGUGAAAACCUCUGGUUGGUUCUUCAUCCUUGACCAGUGAGCGAAAGCUUGCCAUAGCUAAUAGAAAAUAAAAUAUCUUUUUUCUUUAUUGUGCAGAGCGUAAUUCCAUGGCUGUCAAGCUAAACCAAAUAAUCUUAUUUCACUGAAAACCCACUCUAUAAACUACUGGAGGAUGAUUAAAGGCCCAUGUCUUCUGGGCUCAAGGCAAAAGGCAAUUUGGCUCAGUGAUGAACAUGUAGUUAUUUUUCAAACCUAAAAUACAAUUUUAACUAAAUGUCUCUGGAAAAAUCUGUCUCAAACAUUCAGGAACACGCCAUGUCAGGUUGGCAUUUUCAUACCAAUUCAUACUGUGCUGCAGUGCCUGUGUCUCUUUUGAAGUAACUUCAACACCAACAGCAAUUUUUGAAAUGGAAAUGUGCUCACUGAUGUGAUGUGAUUGGACCAACUGAGCAGGAGAGUUAUUGACAAUCUCUCCUCUUGUGACAGAUAACAGUGACACUGUAACUCUGCUUCUUAGGAUGUAUAUAAAGAGAGACAGAGACAUCAGCGCAGGAGAGGCUGAGAAGCAAAGCUUAGAAGCUGGAAGAAAUGCUGCAAAUUGGUUUUGCAGUCGAUGAUGAUUAUUAGCCAUUCAGUAGAACUUUCCCAAUGUCAUUUGGCUUGCAAUUGUCACACCAUUUUGUGUACUGUAUGUUGAAUACAGUGCAAUAUAUGGUGCCAGAACAGGAGGUUUGCAUUGUGGUACAGGAUGGUUUGCAUAUUUAGUAGGAAUAAGCUUGACCUCUCCGGGGCAGAUAUGCAUGCACAACUCGUCCAACUGAGUUGCUCCAUUUACUUCAUUAGGCAGUCCAGCUGACAGAGUAAUAACAUUUGUUCUGAGAGACUUGCCUUUAGAUCUUUACUGGGCCAUAGACAUGCUGAGUGGGUUGCGGAAGUUGCUUCUUUUCCAUCCUUGGUUUUCUGUCUGUAAAUUGAAAUAUUAGUAAUGGUUUUCCAUUCCAGGAAUGAGAAAUCUCAGGCACAGGGCAGAAUGUGUCCCUCCAGCCUACAUAGGCUUUAGGUAUCUCUCUAGGCCUCAACCUCACCCCAUGCUAGCUGGGCUUGCUCCACCACCUCCUUGAGUGCUUAACUGUGACUGCUUCAUGCAGGAUGGAGUUGAGCCUGUUAUCUAUAGAUACCUCUGACUUUUGCAGGCCUGGAAUGCCACAUCCAUUACUGGAUAUGCCCAUUUUUUGCUUCUGGUGCUGCCCAUUCCUAGCAUGCAACCCGUGAAGGUUGCUCAUGGGGGAAUGUGACAUUUGGACUGAAAUAUGUCCACCAUCCCCUCUCUAUUCCAUUAUGAAGGUAUUCCAUAUUCUUCACAUUCUGGGAUAAUCAAUAAAACCAAGGAAAUGUCAUCCUUCUCAGCCAUUGGAAUCCAAAUCGAUCAAUAAAUAUAGGCCUAAAUUCAAAACAGUUAGGCAUGGUUAAGCCUAUUGACCUCCAGUGGACUUAAACAGUUACCUGUGUUGGAUUUAGGCUAUAUCUGAAUUGUUCUGAGUCACUGUUAUUUAUUGAUCAAUUUCCUUCAAGCUUGUAAAUAUGGUCAUAAAUGGAAAUCUCAUCUGUAAAAUAGAAAUUAUAAAUAUCUAUUUCUUUAACAGAAAUGUUGAUUAAUAGUUGCAAAAUAUUCUUUUCAGCCUUAGUAUAUCAGGAUGGCACAAGAAAGAAAAAUAUGAGAAGAGGAACCAGAGUAGAUUCUGAAGAGAAAAGCUCUUACACAUUAGAAAUUUAGUAAAACUGAAACAUCUUUAUAUUUCACAUAAAUGUCCAGAUCCUGAAGCUGUUUACUCUUAGAUAAGUUGCAUUGGUUUUAAUAAGGGCUCUAUAUAUCCAAACUAGUAUAUUUAAGUAUUGCAGAGUUAAUUAAAAUUCUAAUUUAAGAUUCUAUUUGUUUUGUAUAAUCUUUAGAUGUUGCAAAAAUGUGAGCCUUUUUUCUGAAUCGAGAGCAAUGGUGGGAAGCCUUCUCUGUGUGUGGUUAUUCAGCAAUCUUUAUUUCUUCUACAAAAUUCCAAGUGUCUUGACAACAUCACAACCUUGCAAUCAAUAGAACAAAUCAACAACAGGCAAAAUUAUAGCAAACUAAGCUGUCAAUUGACAGGCAUAUCCCCAGCUAUAGAAAAAAGAUGGAAAACAAUGUGUUUUGAUUCUGUUUUAAUUGGAGCAGCCUAGAUAAGCCAGCUUUCCAAAAAUAUGUAUUUCAAGCUGGCAGUUAUAUUUUGAGUCUGCUACUGUUUACAUAGAAGCCUACCUUCCCAGCCUUGCAGAUGAAUCUUUCUAGAAGUCGGGCUUUUUGCAGGUAGAAAUUUUUACUUUUAACAGCUGUAAAACAGGCAAAAAUGCAACAUGUGAUACAGUGGUACCUCUGGUUGCGAACGGGAUCCAUUCCGGAGGCCCGUUCGCAACAUGAAAAGAGCGCAACCCGCAGCGGCACAUCUGCGCACACGCAGGUUGUGAUUCGCCACUUCUGCUCAUGCGCGUUACGUCAUUUUGCGCUUCUGCGCAUGCGCGAGCAGCGAAACCUGGAAGUAACCCUUUCCUGUGCUUCCGGGUCGCCGCGGGACGUAACCUGAAAGAACGUAACAUGAAGCAAACGUAACCUGAGGUAUGACUGUACUGGAGAUUUCAGCUGUUGAAUUUCUGUCUCCUAGAGCUGUUAAAAACAAUGGAUUGGAUUGAAAAUUGCCUAACUAAAAGAGGAGGCAAUACAAGUUGGUAUGUUAGGUGCCCUGAGAAAUGGCCUCAUAAGAAAGUAGAAUGCUUGGGUAAGUGAGCCAAUCACAUUCCCAGAGCAGCAAGUGAGGAUGUUUGGACAGCACUUGGACAGCAGAUCUCCAAUGCAGAGAGUGAAAGGGAGGCUUUUCUUGAGUCAAAGAGGGGAAAAGCUGAUAUAGCGAGGGUUAAAAAGUAUUUGAAAUAUGUGGAAAAAACACUUUUCAACACAAAGCAUUUACGAGUGUUGAGGACUAGUGUGGGGUAAGCCAGUUAUGAUUCUUAUUUUUAAAAAUACAUGGUGAAGAAGCACAUAUGGGAGGAAGACAAAGGCUGUUUGUUGACAAUGCUUACUUGGCUAAGUAAAAGUGGCAUGCGAGGGCAAGUAAUUCCCUUAUUCAUUCUAAAGGUGCGGUUAGUCUGUAGUUAAAACAUCAACAGGGUUCUAACUGUGGUUGCAUAUGUAUACAUUUGUUCUGCUAGGUGGGUUGAUUUGGGCCCCCACCCACAUGUUUGAUAGUGUGAAAAAAGAACAUUCAGCAAGUAUAUGAUCAAUUUAUAAUUUUUACCAUGGGAUGUCACUAGAGUGCAGAUAGAGAUGAACAUGUUAGAUUGCUAUCUUAAGGAUUUGUUUAGCUUGUUCAUUAAAAAUAAAAGCAAACAACCCUUCAUUAAAGCAUGAAUGCAUAUUAUAGGAAUGAAAUUCAACACUAUAGGAAGUAGAAUAAUUUUAUAUUACAUUUUUUAUUCAUUUCUCCUUCAUUUUUGUGAUAAUUGAGUUUUUGCUGAUGUUAGUCUUAUCUAAAGUAUUUUUUUCCACGUUGUAAGCCACCUUGAGCAUGGUUUGAACUGUGGAAAGGUGGCAUACAAAUGAAAUUAGGUAUGUAUGUGUCAGAUGGCAAUGGUGGUUGCCCGUGAAUAACCAGUCAGGACACCGACCUGUCUUUUACAGGUUUUAUUUUGGUGCAAAACUAUUUACUGUACAGUGCAGAACCACAAGCUCAUGUCUGCCUCAAUCGCUAGCAGAAUCCGGGAGUUGUCGUUUCCGGGUCCUCCCCCAACAUAAGAGCUUAGUCACCCCCAGCCUUUUCCUUCCUUCUUUGCGUUUUACACCUCUGCACAGAGUGGGCAACGGAAAAGACGUGCUUCCCUCCUGGCCAGCUUGGCCAGGAGCGGUGCUGAGGCUCCCAGCAGCAUCCUCUGGUCCCUUCCCCUCUUUCCUACUGGAAGUGUGGCUUUCCCCACCACAGGAAGAGGAACUGCUUCUCAAGAUUUUCGGAGGUUCCCUGUAACCCAACUGCUCCUCUGCUUCCCUACCCUGUUCCGAUGGCAGUACCCUGACAGUAUGUAUGUAAAGUAAUGUGCAGAUGAAUUUGGAUAAGGGUUUUGGCAUGUUCAUUUACAGGUUAGUGUGCUGCGUGCAUUGAUGAAAGCUUUAGAUUCAACUCUUGCUUGCUUUUGGAUUGCAUCCAGCGAUGUGAUUUCUAGAUCCACCGAGCCAUCAAUGAAGACCCGCUUAGCUGGGUAUGCAUGUAUAUUCAUCACUUAACUGCAUAUCGAACCAUUACUUCCAUGUGGGAAUGGCUCACCGCAAGGAAAGUGAACUUUAAUUUCAUCUUGCCUCAUGUCAAAGGCAAUAUUUUUUUAAUGGAGUCAGUUCAUGCAUUCAGCUACCCAUCUCUAACGGAGCUUGCCAGAGGUCGAACAAUGUGGUUCAGGCAAGACAUAGUAUUCACAUGUAGUAAAAGAGGGGAGGAGGAGCCAUGGAGGGGAGAUGUGUGUCUUGGGAUUCUGGGUUGUCCUGCUGAACUCUGAUGGGUGUUGUUCUGUGUUUGGAGUCCUGAGGCAGGGCUACCUGCUAUAGGCACAGAAGCGUUAGAAUUCUGUUGAGGUUCCUGUUUGUGUUCUGGAGGCUGUUUUGUAUAAUUGCCAGGAGGUCCUACACACAAGUAGGAGUCUGGCGGAGACACAUGCCCGACUGGCAUGUUCUCUCCCUCCUGGUCGUUCGUUCGGGAGAUUCAAAAUCUUUCUCCAGCCUGAACUUCACAGCGACUGAUACCUUAGAGGCAUCAGCACACUUCAGGAUCAGCAUAGUAUAGGCAGUCAGUGUACAGACUCAGUAGCGCAGCAUUUGGCUAAACUACGUUUAUUUACAUAUACACAUUUGGAGCAUCGUAACUCAGCUCCUUCCUCUUCAGCAUCAGACAGCAAAGGGAAAGAACAAAGGACAAACGUCCUACAUCACAGAAACACAGUAAUACAAACACCCUGUCUCCAUGACUUCCCACAGUGUGGAAUGAAAACAUACACCGUCAUGUGAUAAAAACAAUCCCAUGACUGCAACGCGGGAAAAGAAUCCUAACAGAAGUGCCCUCUUUGGAUGCAAUGUGUCCUUUCUCCAUAGUUCAUGGCAAUGUGGGUGGGCAGCUUGCUUAAUAUUCUAUUCUUCCCUCCUACUGAAGUCCAUGGGAGGGAAAUAGCAUGUGCCAGAUCUGCUGGUGUGAAGUUGCCUUGUUGAUGGGUGUGGUCACAGAUGGAAGGGGUAUGCAAUAUAGUGCAACUAUAUUCCUUUCCUGUGCCACCCAUGACUUGCUUUCAGUUUUUCUGAUUCUGUAUUGCAGUCAUGCUUCUGCCUAAUCGUGUUGACUAUCAUCUGGCAGGUUUCUAGCACAGGAACCAUAUUUAUUCAAGGAAAAUAAUAAAAACAAAACAAAGAUCAAAAUCUGUGUGCAGUCAUUUCACCCAGUUACUGGGUUAAUUCCCAUUAAAAUUGGCAUAUCAAGAAGACAAUUUAUUCCAGGUUCUCACCAAAUCCUGCCUGAACUGAAAUAACCUUAAAUAUGUAUGAUUUUCAAAUAAGGAAAAAGGAAAAAGCCUCCAGGUUCCUAAUGAAUACCCAUGAUGGCAAGGCAUAGUAGACCAAGUGCGAUAAGAAGCUUUAUCCACAGCAAUAAUUCAGGAGCCUGAAAAAUGCAUAAUUUAUAGAUCAAAAUAUUCUCUAGUUACUAGUUAAAACUGACAAACCAGUAUCAGUUGUCAGAUAUUGAUUUUUGCUACUCAACUGAUCAUUGGCUUCUUCCUUCUCAUUAAUGUAAACAUGGAUAUAUUCAUGGGAUUCAUUGGGAGCUACUGGAUAAGUGCCAUGAGAUUUCUGUUGAUUUCCAUAUAUAAAAUGUAAAAAAAGAGGCUUCAACAUUACAGUUCCAUUUGAAGUCAAAUGCUAGCAUUGCUGCACACAAAAAGGAAUGUGUAUUGAAAGUAUGGGAAAUUGAACUGUUUCAACCAUCUACUCCAGGAAUUAUUGAUGCUCUGCUUCAGUAGUGGUGUAAAACCUACUCCACGUUAUAAGGAAAGGUACACUGUAAUACCAUCCUCUAUUUAGUAUAGAUUUGUUUAUUUGUUUGUUUACCCUAUGAUUAUUCUUGCGUCUAUGCUUGAUUUCCUCUCUGGUUGGUGCAACUGAAGUUUGACCUUGUCCACAUAAUCUAAAACUGGUUUAUUGUCCUAACUCAGUUGUAACAGAUGAAUGCUUUGCAACCGCUAUAAUUAUAACCUGUACAAGGAAGGCAAGCAGAGCGGAAACGGACAAGGGUUCAAAGAUGGCAAGACUUACAUUGGCUUGCUCCCCAGGCAGCACUUGAACUGAGGAUUUGAGGAAUGGCAGUCAGGGAUUAGGCAGAAAUUUAUGCUGGCUACAGGGGAAAACUAAGGAGAUUAGCCAAGGAAAACUCCUUGCACCAAUAGGCUACAGUGUGUCAGCUAUUAAAUCCUGAACUGCGUUAAGGCUUUUGCCUCUAGCUUCCUUGCUGAUCUGACUAAAAAGGAUACCUUCAUUUACUUAAGGCACGCCUUUGCCCUUUCUCCUUCCUUCAGUGGAUAGGACCUGGGUCUGGCAUCAGAGGAUUCUAGGUUGGCCGUUCUAGCAAUACUGCAGCACAAUAAUAGAAUGGGAUUUUACUUGCAGGUCUUCAACUGGACACAAAGGCAAAAUUUGGGAUAUAAAACAAGUAAGCAAAUAGAUAAUUAAAUGCUGCAAUGCUUAAUUACCUAGAACUGGGUUGGGGAACCUGUUGCCAUCUAAACGUUAUUGGACUCCUAAUUCUCAUUAGCCCCAGCCAGCAUGGGCAAUGGCCUGGGAUGAUGGGAGUUGUAGUCCAACAAUAUCUGGAGGGCCACAGGUUUCCCAUCCCUGAUCAGGUAGAAUGGGUACCAUAAGAACCUUUUGUGAGCGCCAAUAUAACCUUGAAAGGCACUUUGAAGCAACCCCCCCAAAGUGAAGGCUAACCUAAAAAGAAAAUUGACAGAAAUAAUACUUUUUUUUCUUAAAGUAACUCUAUGGUCUGCUCUGCAUUUAUCCAGUUUGCCUAAGGCUUUGUUUUACUUACAGAAGUCACUUAUCCGCAGAUUUUUUUUAGUCUCAAAGGUUUUGAAAGCAGCAUACCAUCAUUCCAAGGUUACAUGUGAAGAGGAGAGAUAAGGAGAUAUUAAUUGUUUGAACUUACCCUGACUAGAAGGAUAUGGGUAGGUGGGGGCAGGGGCAGCAAACAGAAAAGGUUUGUCAUGUUUUCACUGAAUGCCUGCUGUGAAUCUAACCCUCUGCAAGUCAAAGAGCAGAAUAAUAAUUGCAUGUUGGUUCAUGCACAGAUUCAGCAACUCUGACAACCAUGUCUUGUGACGUCAGUCUUGAUUUUAACACAAUUGUUUCCAACAGAAAGUGUUACAAAAGGGAUUGUAAAGUAACAUAAACAUAAAAGUUCUGCAUUAACAGAAGAUUUUAGAUACAUCAGGGUGGUGCCUUGUAUCAGAACACAGAGCUGUUUAAAUAUUUGCUUUAAUGUCCCAGUCUUCCUUAGCCCUGCAUCAUGAAUCAGCAGAGAUAGCAUGAACUAGAGGCUACAAUGUGGAUUUUUCUAAGUGAGAGCUUCCAGGUUUUGAAUUCCCACUAAGCUAUGAACUCAGUGAGUGGCCUUGUUCAAAUAAUCCCCUCUCUUUCAGGGCCACAGUCAACACAUUGCUGCCAAUAUAAGUGACAGCCACAGAUCUAGUUCCUCUCCCUCCCUCCAUAACAUCUACAGUGGUACCUCGGGUUAAGUACUUAAUUCGUUCCGGAGGUCCGUACUUAACCUGAAACUGUUCUUAACCUGAAGCACCACUUUAGCUAAUGGGGCCUCCCGCUGCCGCCGCGCCACCGCAGCAUGAUUUCUGUUCUUAUCCUGAAGCAAAGUUCUUAACCUGAAGCACUAUUUCUGGGUUAGCGGAGUCUGUAACCUGAAGCGUAUGUAACCUGAAGCGUAUGUAACCCAAGGUACCACUGUAGUAGAAUUUGUUUGGUGUCGUUACACUACAGAGUUCUUGGUUUCACCAGUGUAGCAGCCAGUGUUUAAAGUGGUUCUUUAACAAGUGGUUAAAGUGGUUAAAGAACCAGUGGUUAAAGAACUGCAAAACCUUAUGCUACCCUGUCCAGAGGUAAAUUAAUCCAGAUGUUACAAUUAGCUGCACAGCUGUUGUGUUUUGGAGUUUGGUCCCAGGGCUUCUUGGGUGCGAUGCAAAAUUCUGCCCUGGGUUCUUUGGAGGAAAGGUGGGAAACUUAGGAAACAAAUAUAACCUGAUGACAGUGGCACUAUACUAAUGGUGUGCAUUGGCACAAAGUUUUGUGUCACUUCGUUGCUCCGUUUCUGUGCUGUAUUUCCGUGAUAUCAUUAUGUUCCUCUCGGACCGUGGGCUUUUCAGGGAUAUUCAAAAUGUUGUCUGCAGAGCACUGCAGAGCUCCAUAUUGCUUUUUAAUUCUAUAGCACAGCUGUGGAGGCUUUAUUUUUAAAGUUAAAACUUUCAUUUAAGUUUUUUAAAAAUCCAUAUAUUGCUCUGCUUUUUAGAAAAGAAAAUCCAAAACCCGCAGAUCAACCCUGAGCGCUUCAGAACUCUGCAGGCAGCAGUCUAGGCAGUCUCAUAUUGUUAGGCCUAUUGGUCACUUGGAGGACACAACCAACCACUAGAUAGAAAGGGUGAUCUGAAGCUGCAAAAUCCAAAACCCACAACACACAAACACGUACCACCUCUUAAUUAAGGUCAGAAAGAGACAGACCCCAGCUCCAAGGCAUUGUGAAAAAAGUCCCUAUUACUUCCCCCACAAAAAGCCUCUGAACCCAUUUGACCGCAAUUUGGCAGGCUUAAUCUAUUCUGGAGGAGCUAUGGAGUGAAAGUGCAUUUCAUCCAUAUUGGUCAAAAGGCGUUAUAGCUGUUUUUAGAUUCCUCUUUAUAGUGAAUGGGGGAACACAGAGCUUUGUUUUAUAUGGAGCAGCUCAGAACAUGAAACACAGAUUACAGCUGAGAGACUACAGAGCGAUUCAGAAACAGAUCAGCUUUUUUUUUAAACACACACACACACACACACACACACACACACAGAUACAAGGCACAUCCUUACAGUGCUGGGGGCAAAUGGCACACAUGACCAUCACCUUAUAGCCUUGUUUGUGAGCUUGUAGAGACAUCUGAUUCGGGCAUUUUUUGAAAAUGGAAAGCUCUGCUAGUUGGGCCUUGAUCCAAACCAGGUUGUUGUAAAGCUCCGACAGUAUUGUUGAAAAACGUCUUUGUAUGGAAAUGGAGAGCCCUGUGUUUUUAUAAAGACUGCAUUUGUAUAAUUACUGCAGUUCACAGAGUGCAUGGACCAAAACCUAUUGAAAUAUGCUGCAGGCAUACCAUUGAUUCAACAGGACUUUGGAUUAGACCCUCAGAAUCGUAACUCAUGCCGUGAUUUAUCUUCUUUUCAGUAUUGAUGCAUUGUUGCUGAACUCUUACACACCUCAACUUAUUUCAAAGUCCUAAAUAGCUCCUCAAACUCCUGUUGUUCUUUUAUCUUCGCUGUGUGCUUGAACUGUUACUACGGUGAAAAGAAAGGUUAGGCAUGCACAGAGGAGAAAAAUGACUCAUAGGUAGGUCGUUUCCAAGGCCAGCCUGGCCUCUAGCAGUGAGCGUAAUAGACACAGGGAUGUGCUGAUGUUUUUGUGAUGACUGAUAACGCAGAGCAGUGGGACAUCUGAAGGAGCAACGUGACAACAUGCAGACUGAAAAAACAACAACUGGGGAAAGGACCUUGAAAGAUCACUUAUACUACACUGAAAGAAAAUUUGCUUGUUCACCAUCUUAGCCAGACCACUGCACAAAUGAUCCUGGCUAUUCUCUAAUAUCAUCAAAACAGGAUGAAGAAGAAAACCAGAACUUGGAUAAUUAUUCUUUACCUAAAAUAUGUUGCUUAUUUGACAUAUGGGACAAUAAAGUACAUGGCCCUCCACAAAAGACCCAAACAUUUGCACCUAAGCUCUACUAAGCUGUUGAUGCUUGUAGCUAGCUGCCUGGAGGCCUAGCUCCACAGUUAUGGGUGAGACAAGUCCUGAGCUGCCAGGGGGUUGCAUGCCGUGGGCCACUGGGUGAGUUUCACAUAGAUACAGCUUUAUGGCUCGGACCAAAGGUCUUGCCUAUUGCAGUAGUCUGUUUCCCACCAUGACCAACAAAAUGCUUCCAGGAAGCCCCCUCUCCACAAUAAGCCUUGAACGCAUCAAACCUAGCCACCACGACAGCCAUUAAUAGAUAUUUGUUUCAUGCGUUUCUCUUACUCCCUUUUAAAGCCUUCUUACGUUAUUGGCCAUCUCCACAUACCGUGUCAGUGAAUUUCCUAAGUUUUGCUUUCUGUUAAGAAGUUGCUUCUUGUGUCUGUUCAGAAUCCAUUGUCCUGGGUAGCCCCGAGUUUUAGUCUUGUGAGAGGAGAAAAAGGUUAUUGCUAUCUGCUUGUUUUGUACUUCGGUUACAAAAAUCUCUACAAUGUCCCUCCUUACCUAUCUUUUUAAGUUUUACUGUUAAGCUAUCUAAUACAUUUUUAACAAUCCUGUAGUGAUCUAGAAACCCCAAUGUACAAUCCAGUUAAACCAAAAUACCUCUGUUUUAACCUGAAUGGAUUUCACUGAAUUCUGUGUAGGCGUCAUUGGCAUAAAGCCAAGAAAAACAGAUUGAAUUAAGAUGCUGAUUGUCAUCACUUUGGGGUUUACGUUUUUGAAAAUCAAGAUCUAUAAAUCCUGCACAGGGCAUUAAUAUCAACUAUUUCAGAAAUAUUAUAUGACUUCUGGGAUAGCUCAGUUGGUACAGCAUGAGACUCUUAAUCUGAGGGUCAUGGGUUUGAGCCCCAGAGUGCAUUGCAGGGGGUUAGAUUAGAUGACCCUUGUGGUCCCUUCCAAUUCUACAAUUCUGUGGUUUUAUGAGUUUGGAUCCAGUAUGUUUUGACUUCAAAACAGCUGAAUUUUGUGCUGAUCCUGAAUAAUGGUCUGUGAAAUGCAGCUGCUGCUUAUUUUCACACCUGUUACUAUAGUGAGAGUAAUAACUGAUAUGAAUCUCAAAGAUGAAAGUAGUGAGAGGGAGAGGAGAGCGAGCCUGCAGUUCAGACUAUUACUUGCACCCAUCUUCUUUCCAUCAAGUGUAUCGGGUCUGCACAUUAGCUAGAGAGAUGUACUGUAUUAGCAAGAUGUCACACUGUUCAAAUGCUGUAGAGAGCUGGCAGUAUGGCAAAAAAAUAAUAAUGGUUGAGGCAAAACAGGAACGUGCUGCCACCAUAGCUUUUCUUACCUGGGUUGUAUGGCAGCGCCUGUAAAGCGGCAGGUUCUGGCAAGAUCUCGCUUCUGUGUUCAUGGUGGCAGCGCAGGUGGAGUGCCUUCAUGAGCACUGCCUCUUGGGCUUCCGCUGCCUCAGGUGACGGCUUCACCCCACUUCAUGACUGAGCCAGCCCUGGCCCUGUAGUUACUAGCACAGUGGACAUCUUGAAUCUGAACCCAAACAAAACUGAUUGGUCCAGAGUGGGUUGUGCCUGUUCCAGCUCCUAGCAGUAUUGUUAUGUACUGAAGUUUUCACCCUGGGCCAGCAGGGGAUACUGUAGAUAGUUUUCACUCAGGUCUACAUAUGCAAAUAAGGGAUUGAAAGUGACGUUCAGUGAUUGGAUAGUUACAUAAAAUGGUUACUGUUAUGUUCUAGUGGAGCACUAUAUAAGCAGGCUGGCUGAACCCUUCAGUUCAGUUCUGUUCUGGCCUGUGAAUAAACAAGAGCCGUUUGAAGAAUCGCUGUGUCGUCUAAUAUGUUCACCCACAACCUAACAAGUAUACUUCCCUUGUGUCUUAAUUCUAUUGUGUUUUAUGUUUGCUUAGUACGGAAUGUGAAUCUGGUCUGGGACCGUGAUAAAUUUCAUUCAUUCAUUCCCUUGUGUCUUCAGCAAUGCUUGCAUCACACCCCAUGUCUUACCAAGUGGAACCAUGGGAGUCACCUCCUAGGGGUCGAGGGUCUUCAGAUCCCCAAUAAAAUAUUUGAAGGGGCGGGUCCAUCAAAGUUGAUGGGCAUUGCCAUUCAAAUGCUGCGCGUGCACGAUGUCAUGUGAUCAGUAAUGCAGGGCGGGGUUUACCCCAAUAUUUUAUUCAAGUUAGCACCUCAGCAAACUGAAUUUUUCUGCCAUCGCUUUGUGUGCCCUGUGAUCUGAGUUAUGAGCUCCCUGUCUGGGGUUCAUAUACGGGCGCUGCUCUAUGUGUUGGUGCUUUGUUAUACCGUAUAUUAUACUCUGUCAUGGUGACAUGGGUGUGGCUCAGUCUUUGACUCAGAGGCAGCUUUUAAAAUUUCUCCCCUUAUUUGCACUAUGUGAGGGGCUGGUGUAAAGUUAGAUCAUUUGGAGAGCAUGACUGUGGGAUGAAGGGGCACAGGAUAUAUGACAUCUCCAUCCUACCUGCCUUCUGCCCACAGCUGCAGCCUGUCUCCCGCUGUGUAUCUUCAGAGGCAAACAACUUUGUUCUGAUGGCAUAUCUGGGAUGUUCCUGUGGUAUACCUGCUGUUGCAUUCUCCUUGUAUAUGAGCCCUUUGACAGCUCCAUGGACCUCAGCUGGCAGAUUGUCAGUACGGAAUGUGGCUUUUAAUUACUUAAUUAAUUAAUCAGAAAAAAAUCUGCUGCCAUACGAGUUUGGAGCUACUUUUGAUUUAACUGAUCAAUCUACUAAAAGUUUUGUAACCCUACUUAAGUGUUCCAGUUAAAAGCACACACUGGAAAGAUAUUUUUUUUAAUUGAUAAUAUUUUAGUCAUUUAUUUCUUCACUUAUAUUUUGGGGUGUUUUGUUGAGCAUGCUAACUGAAGGACUAAAUUACAUGUUUUUAUUACUUAGAAAACAAUAGGAAUUAUAUAAAAAAGCAUUUCUACCAAGCGUCAUAACGGUAUACAAAUACACCUCUAGUUUAAAUUCCCCAUCUCUUUUGAUUGUAUGCCCCCCUUCCCAAGUGCCUUACAGACCCUGGAACAAUUUAGAUAGAACUUUAAUGCUAUUUUAUAUUGAUGGGGAAUUCAGAGUACAAAUAUAUGCCACAACUCAAUGCGCCUACAGAUUCACAGCAAGAAUUUUGCUUAAGGCAGAUAAAAUAUGGACUAAGAUUUACUGGAUUUUAGCUUGCAAUGGAAUAUCACGUUUUUGACCUCAAAAGGCCAGCCAUAUCCCACUGUGUUGUUUACUGCAAAUCAGCUUGGGAUUUCUCCUAUGUUAAACAUAGUUUAACACAAACAUAGUUGACUGUAUGAGAAGAGAACAAUAAAUAAAAAGGUUAUUUCUUUUAUUUACUGUUGCACCCAAUAAAAGGUAAAAUAUAUUCUACCCGGAUUGUAGCAUUUCAUUUUACAGCAAACAGGUAUUGCUUGAAGAGCCCCUAUAAAUAUUAUGAAUUAUUUACAUACAGGAUACAAAAGCUGUAAAUUGUUCAAGCGGAGCAUGAAUAUUGGAUUUUGAGACUUUCCAUCUUGUUUAUUUUUUAUUUUUUUGAGACUUUCCAUCUUGUAUAUUGUUUAAUAAUCAAACAGAGUUAAAAUAAUUAACUUUAUGCCCAUUGAACAUACAAAAAUACAAGUUGUAAAUAUUCUAGGUCAUUUUUUUGACCUAGAAUUCUCAAGUUCCUUUUUAUUGAGACUUUAGGAAACACAACUGGGCACAAUACAAAGGUGAUGUGUACAACCACAAGGACACAAGUUGUUUCUCUGCAGUUUUUAUUUCAGAUGAAGAGCCAGACCACAAAACAGCUUGCCUAGUUGUCAGUAGCAAAGAAUGCUGUUUCCUAGAACCACAACCUAGGAAGCUAAAAAGUGCAGGUUUGUCAGUUCACUCCAUUAAGCAGCCUUAUAAACCAUUUCAAAAACCAACUUUGAAACUUGGCUCUAAAAAUGCUCCCUGGAUUGUGGACUGCUACUCCAGCAUUAGGCUUUUCAUACUUUUUAAAAGUUUACCUGAAAGUUAUUUGUCUUAAAUAUUCAAAGUAUUUCACCUCCUUUUUUUCCUUUGCAACAGGAAGGAUCGACUACUUAGGUGUUCUCAGUGCAAAGUUGCAAGAUACUGUGAUGUACGUUGCCAGGUAAUCAUUACUCUGAUAAUUAGCUGCAAAUGAAUAAUGCAAAUACGUUACCCUUUUAGCCUUGAUAUUUUCCCCAUUAACUCUUCUUAAGAUCUAGGAAAUUGGUUGUCAUGGCCAGCAAAAAUUAUACAUGCAUGCACAUGCACAAUGAAUUUUUUUAAUGGUACAGUGUCAUUAUGUUGCAUUUUGAUGUAACUUUAUAUAUUUUUAUGUUCUGUAUUUGUUUUGUUUUUGUGGUUCUUGGUUAAUUUACUUAUGUACACUGAUAUAUUGAAUUAUGUUACUUAAAAAUGAAUUAUUAUUAUUAUUAGUAGUAGUAGUAGUAAUAGUAGUAUUCUUAGGUUUUGAAUGUGGAAUUUGCUUUGCAUUUCUUAUGUACUGGUUCUUUUUUGCUAGGAUUUGUUAGCUGGUUAGACAGUUCUAUUGAAAUAUGAAGCGGUAUACAAAUUAACUGGUACUAAAAAACUAAAUAAUACUUAGCCAUAACAAAAACCAAACCAAAUACCUGCCUAAAAAUGCAACCAGAAGUAAAGCACUAUGUUACGUUGGCCGGACUUCGCCAAGUUAAACUGUUCAUGCAAAAUACAAACAAGGUUUCUGGGUUCUUUGCAGCAGCAGGCGCAGCCAUGACAGACCCUAAACAAGGGAAGGCUAUGCCUGUUUGUAAGCAGUCCGUAUUCACGAUGUGAAUGGAUUCAAAUUGGCAGUGAUCAUAAAGAUGUGAUUCCAAUGUCUUUCUAACUUUAAAAAGCACUGCUAAGAUUAGAAGAAUGAGACACACGAUUUUGUGUGAUGUUGCAUAUUUCAUCUCCUUGCUCCUUUAAAGGCUGCAUAAACAGUUGAUCAUCUCAGUGUCACUUCUAGCAUAUUUUAAACUCCUUCCCAGCAUUUAUUUUAGGAACAAAGCAUGUCAGAUAAAGGCUGGCUUCAAAGAACAAUUUUAGUUGGCUCGGGAGGAACAUGCCAGUACAGCUACGUUAUGCAGAAUGAUGUCUUAAUGAUUAGAGACACGACUGUUUAUUUAGGGUGAAAGAAACUGGAUUCAUAUAACCUUUGUUUUCUGGAUACUUUGAGUUACAGUUAUAUUCCGAUAGCUCUCACUUUGUAGUCCAUGCGAAACAGCAGAUAAGUUAGAAGGGUGAACUUUCAGUGAAGUCCAAAACAAUUAUUUGUGAGGGGGAAUAAAACCAAGUUGAGAGUGGGAACUUUUCACAAAAACUUGCACAAUAAGCUAAAUGCACCACCCGCCCUUUCAGCAGUUUUUGAGAGAUGGCCUGGUUAAGCUUCUGUGCACACCUUCACUUUGAAAUGGCUUUCUAGCAUCAUGAAGUCAAAUCUGUUUGGGUAUGUGAAUUAUACGAAUAUACCUUAUACUUUUUUUUUAUUAAAGAUUUUCUUGUUUUACAGAAGUAUGUGUAAUGUCUCUCAUAUUUUUUCCAUGUAACAUUUUUACAAAUCAGUUUCAUUUGUUGAGACAUUAGGGGGGGAAAGGGGUGGGGGGGGAAGAUGGGUGGGGGUGGGGUCGGGUGGCGAUGUUUCUGUUUUGCUUAAUGUAUGUAGGGUUUGGUGUCAGCGUUGCUCGUGCAGGUUCUCUGCUGUUCAUUUGUGUUCCUUUGGUGGUGAGAGAGGUUGGGGUUGGCCCAGGCUGUGGUUGUUUGUUUGUGAUUGGCUGUGGUGAUCUUUGUUUUGGUGUGUGAGUGGGGUGGGUGGGUGUUUUGGAUCAGGUUAGCCAUAUUGAUUUGUAUGCUGUUGGUGGAUUAUUGUCAUUGUCUUGUUGGGCUGUGUAUGUGAUAAAGGGGAGCCAUACCAGGGUAAAGGUGUCUUCUUCUGUUUGUCCCCGUGUCAGUUUCAGUUUAUUGGUUAAUUUUUCUAGUAGGGCUAUUUCCCAUACUAUUUGGUACCAUUGGUCCAUGCUUAUUCCUGACAGGUCUCUCCAGUGUCUGGUUAUGGUGUUUCUGGCUGCUGAAAGUAGGUGGGUUAUGAGUUCUUUGUGGUGUAAAUGGGCGUUGUUGUCUUGGAAGAUGUUUAGUAGGGCCAAUUCUGGGGUGAUGUCUAAUACUUGCUUAGUUAUUUUACAUAUUUCUUGUAUGGGAAUAUACCUUAUACUGAGUCACACCUUUGGUCCAUCUAGCCCAGUAAGGUCUGGCAGGGGUGCUUCUAGCUUCUUAUCAAGAGCCCUUUUAGCUGGAGAUGUUGCGGAUUGAACCUGAAACCCUGACUCUUUCCUCUGACUUAAGAUGUUGUGACAUCUUCACAUUGAUUACAUGAUCUCAGAGUGGCCGGAAUUGUGUUGGCAGAAUAAAGAAGCCACCCCUUAAAAAUAAUGGCACACAAGGAUUCACCCGUUGGGUAGUGAACAACGUACAAACAACUCUGGAAGGUGUGCACUGAGGAUUGAUUUAGGGGCCAUUUUGGCUUCUCCAAAAAUAUUUCUUUCACACUGAAAAUAUUGUGACCAUUUGGUGCAGGCCUAGUUCAAAGAGAGCAAGGGUGAAAUUAAAAUAUGAGCUGUAUAAUUUUAAACCACUAUUUCAUGUGCCAGAAACAGAAAUGCUUUUUGUCCAUUCAGCUGCUCUUGCAGAUUUGUGUGUAGUGGCACUCCUUAAUCCCAUGUCAUGCCUCUUGCUUCUGUUGUCUGCCUGCCUGCCAGCCUCUGUGCAAAACCUUAAGCAGAAAUCUGGCAUAGCAGCAGCAGCAACAACAAAAACCCAGAAAAAUCUUUUUGAGGUAGAAAUCAAGGGACAGUCAAAAUUGGAGGCUGAACAUAAAUAUUCUGAGGAGAGGAUUACUGAUUCCAUUGGGCCAGGAUCAGAGUUGCUGCAAAGCAGAAAGCUCCACUGAAAAGAACGGCAUCUUACAAAAGGCAGAGAUUUGUUCCUAUUCAUUUUUCCAUAGGAGAUCAGAUUUAGAGAAAAAUAAGGGGGACCUGCAACAUAAUGUUGCACUGUUGACUGAUUACUGCUGUUUGAGUGUUCUAGUUAGUCAGCCCUGCCUCCAGGACAAUCCAUUCCCUUCCUACCCUGUUUUAUGUACCCCUCUGAAGAGUCAGUCAUCUUUCUGUGACCACUGAAUGUGAUCAGUCUUCAUCAGGCUAGUUCUGGGGUUCCCACUCUCUUUAGGAGGUAUUUUAGAUGCCCCCAAAUACCUCCUUAUCUGCUUAAAUGGUCUGUUUUGUCUACUUUAGGGAUCCACACUCAUCUAUGAAUGUAGGAUAUUGGUACAUAUUGGCUAGAUUCAGAUGUUACUCUGAACCAGAGCUUUCCAAACUUUUAUGUUGGUGACACACACUUAUGAGCUACCACUUCCCUCCCUCCCAUGCAGCUGGGAAGAGAAGUACGUAAGCUUCUGCUUCAUUAAUUGAUUAUUCACAGGUCUCACCUAGAUCUGAAAUUGUGCUUAAUUUUACCAGCAGUUCAUUUCAAACAAGCAAGCUUCACACACCAUGGUUUGAAAUUUGCUUGUUUGAAGCUAAUCAUAGUUAAUAUUGACCAGUUUGUUUGUAGUUUUUUCAUUUAUUUAUUAUAACAACUGACAGGUUGCGGGGGGGGGGGAGUAAUAAUGGAAGAAAAAAUAGUUUAAAAAUAAUAAGUUGUUACAGUUGCUGAUUAGGAAAUAUGGGGAAAGGAGGUAUAGUUUAUGAUUACAAGGUCUCUAAAUCAAAACAAUUACAAAUUUCUAUUUCAGAAAAGAUAAAAGUAUCAAUAAACUAAAUUCAGACAUUUACAUAGACCUGUGGGAUAUAACACUCCAGUUUGUAUAUGAAAUAAAAUUAAACCAAAUGGUGAAGAAACAAUUUUGAGCACUUUGGCACCCGGACAUUUUUAGCUUAUGUGAGAUUUUUUUAUAAUAACGCUGAUUUACCAAGUCUUGACAUAGUCUAAUAGUUCAGAUUAUUGAAAUCAAAGGUCUUCCCAAACUUAGCAGUUCUGGCCUAGGCUGCAGUUGAAAGAUGUGAGAUCAGUUCCUUGUUAUUCAGAUCUUGACCCAAAUUUACAAAUUCAAAAGAGUCAAACAAGGGGAGGGGAUGAAUUGUUUGCCUGGUUAUGAGUGAGAUCUCAGAAAAUACUUUUGUCCAGAACUCCUUUCAGCACAUGUGUUGGUAGGUCCCAGUAUCCUGGCAGAGUAGCUUAGUCUGUAAAACAGUUGAAAGAAGAAAUGUAACAAUUAUAUAGGGAAGUUGUUAGUACUUCGUAGACAGCUGGAUCGAGGCGGGUCGGGGCUGCUGAUUCUUCUAGAUCUGUCAGCAGCUUUCGACAUGGUCGAUCAUGAACUUCUGGACCACCGCCUUGCCGACGUGGGGAUCCAGGGCACAGUCCUGCGGUGGCUGCGCUCUGGUCUCUCGGGUCGGGGACAGAGGGUGGCGCUUGGGGGAAUUGUCAUCGCGCCACUCCUUGGUGUGUGGAGUACCUCAGGGUGCGAUACUCUCCCGAUGCUUUUCAACAUCUUUAUGCGCCCUCGCCCAGCUUGUUCGGAGUUUUGGGCUGGGUUGCCAUCAGUAUGCCGAUGACACCCAACUCUAUCUGUUGAUGGAUGGCCAUCCUGACUCGGCCCCAGACACACUGACCAGAUGUUUGGAAGCUGUGGCUGGAUGGUUACGUGGGAGCCGGUUGAAGCUAAAUCCUUCAAGACAGAGGUCCUGUGGCUGGGACGGGGCGAUAUGGGAUUGGGGGCAACUCCCAUCUCUUGCGGGGCGCAAUUAGUGCCAGCACCGUCCGUUAAGAGUUUGGGUGUAAUCUUCGACACCUCCCUUUCCAUGGAGGCGCAGAUUGCAGCUAUAACAAAGGCGGCAUUUUUCCAUCUCCGCCAAGCUAAGCGGUUGGCUCCUUACCUCUCUCGCCCUGACCUAGCCACUGUGAUCCAUGCAACGGUCACCUCCAGACUGGAUUAUUGUAACUCGCUCUACGUGGGGCUGCCCUUGAGACUGACCCAGAAACUCCAGCGGGUGCAGAAUGCUGCAGCGAGACUCCUUCACGGGUCUUCGCUGCGAGACCACAUUCAUCCGGUGCUAUACCAGCUGCACUGGCUCCCGGUGGAGUACAGGAUCAGGUUUAAGGUGCUGGUUUUAACCUUUAAAGCCCUAUACAGCCUAGGACCCUCGUACCUACGGGACCGCCUCUCCUGGUAUGCCCCACAGAGAAACUUACGGUCUUCGAAUAAAAACAUCUUGAAGGUCCCAGGCCACAGAGAAGUUAGGCUGGCCUCAACUAGAGCCAGGGCUUUUUCGGCUGUGGCUCCGAUCUGGUGGAACACUCUGUCACAAGAGACCAGGGCCCUGUGGGACUUGACAUCUUUCCACAGGGCCUGCAAGACAGAGCUGUUCCACCAGGCCUUUGGCCAGGGCACAGCCUGACUCCUCCCUCGGCAAUCUUCGCGGAGCUCUGGCCCAAUAGUUGCCAGUGGCUUGAAUUAAUUAAUUUUAUAACGAAUGAUUUUAGACUGUUGUUUAUGCUGUACUUUUGUACUGUUUUAUUGUUGUUAGCCGCCCUGAGCCCGGCUUCGGCUGGGGAGGGCGGGAUAUAAAUAAAAUUUAUUAUUAUUAUUAUUAUUACUGUAUGUGGGUUGUGUUUUUUCCUGCACAGAUAGUUUUAGUUAAUUAAUCAGUGGGGUGAAAUUUUGGCAGAGAGCUUAAAAUGGAAGGGCACUUUUUAUAUUACAGAAAUAGGGAAAAUAUUUUCAUUUAAUACACAGUGGUAGAAUUUUGCUUAAAUUCUAAUAUGUCUCCAGAAUCCUACAAACUCACUUAUACUGAGGUUUGGGUAAUAUGCAAAAUUAUUUAGAUGUAAAAGACAGAUGGUUGAUCAGCUAAAACAUUUAAAUGGUUGGUAGUUCUAAUAACAAUUAAUACCUUACUGUAAAAAUAGACCGAGUGUUUCAACAGCAUUUCUUGCAAAAACCAUAUGUCCAACCAUAAUCAGUGGCUUGGAUCCAAAUAUUCUUAUGCUUGCGCAAAAUCACUUUUAUCUGUGCACUGGUCUCUUGCAGUAAUAAUUCAUAUUUAUUAUAUUUCAAUAUCUGAAAAGUUUACUGGCAAAAUAACUUCUGUUUUCUCGCAAUUUGUAGAAAGAAGCCUGGCAGGACCACAAACGGGAAUGCAAGUGUAUUAAGAGCAUUGAGCCUAACUUCCCCCCAGACUCAGUGAGGCUUGUUGGCAGGAUCAUUUUCAAACUAGUAAGUAAACUUUCUACCUGUGAUUGAUCCUUGAAAAGGUGUCUGCCCUGACUCUGUGGCUGAGGAGGCCUAUAUUUCACAGAGUUGUUAUUGCUUCUGUUAUGUACUGAAGUUCUCACCCUGGGCCAGCAGGGGGAUACUGUAGAUAGUUUAGGUCCACAUAUGCAAAUAAGGGAUCGAAAAUGACGUUCGGUGAUUGGAUAGUUACAGAAAAUGGUUACUGUUGCGUUCUAGUGGAGCUCUAUAUAAGCAGGCUGGCUGAACCCUUCAGUUCAGUUCUGUUCUGGCCUGUGAAUAAACAAGAGCUGUUUGAAGAAUCGCUGUGUCGUCUGAUAUAUUCACCCACAACUUAACAGCUUCAUAAUAGCUCUUGUUGGGGAGAGGCUAGAAUAAGAACUGGCCGCCCAAGUUUCCUUAUGCUCCUUGCCGAAGCUAAAUUUCCGUCCCGGCCAGUGAGAGCCUGGCAUAUUAAUGACCUCGAGUGGAACUUCUUGAAUUGACUGCCUACGUGGAUGUAGGUAGCUUCUGUUCAUGUUGCAUUAUCCUCUGCAGUUGGCAGCAGGGAUGAAACUAUUGUGCCAUCACUUACUCAACUUUUAAGAUACAUGCAUGCAAAAAGGCAGAAAACGGUCACGUUUGUGUGAACCGCUUUUGUAUUUAUUACAAAUGUAUCCUUAGGCACUGGGAUGGAAAUGCAGAAGCAGAAGGACAGACUAUACUUCAGAAGAAUAAAUUCAUAAGUAAUACAUGUCAUAAAAUGCAAGCAAGUUGCAUCAGAAUAGUAAUAUGAGUAAGCAGCAUUGAAGUCCUGACUGAAUCAAACUUGCUGUAAAGGUUAUAAUUGCUGGAAUUUGUGUACUUAGUGCUGGCUUCAGAGUUUAGUCCUUAGCUUGAUCUUAGAUGAAUCCAGAAGUUGUAUGUUUAUUCAUAUGUCGUUUCAAAAUUUUCACAGCUCAGGGAGCUAUGGGAGGCUCAUCGUCUGACAUCAGUUUCAAGGGAGCUUCUUUUGCACAUGUUCACAAAUGGUCACAAAUGUUGCAUAUCAGUAAAAUAAAUACCUUGUGUCAGUGAAUGAAUUCAAAAAGGUUUGUAACAGCAACCUCAGCUGUGCUUGACUCAGUGUGGAACUCAGUGGAGCAUAUGGGUGAAAUGUGUUCUGCAAAGCAAGGUGUGAAAAUCAAGAGAAUAAGAAUAAAUGAGUUGUAACUUACAACAAAAUGCUACUAAUGUUUUCACAAAUAUGAACAAGAACGGAUUAAUGCUAAUGAUUGCUCUUUUAGUGCUAUACAUAAAGUAUUAAAAGAAUGAUUAAAAAUUGAGUUAAUGAUUUAGUCUGCCAUCCUUUUAAUUCAUUAUUAUUGUGCUCACCAGUUAAGACAAUCAACAUGUCCAUCUGAAGAGCUCUACUCUCUUUCUGAUCUUCAGUCAAGUAAGUAG